AGGAGCAGCCGGAGCAGCCGGAGCAGCAUGGUCCAGCUCCGGCAGCUGCUCCGCGCCCUGACUUUGAUGAAGUUCCCCUGCUGCGUGCUGGAGGUGCUCCUGUGCGCGCUGGCGGCGGCGGCGCGCGGCCAGGAGAUGUACGCCCCGCACUCCAUCCGGAUCGAGGGGGACGUCACCCUCGGGGGGCUGUUCCCAGUGCACGCCAAGGGUCCCAGCGGAGUGCCCUGCGGCGACAUCAAGAGGGAGAACGGGAUCCACAGGCUGGAAGCGAUGCUCUACGCCCUGGACCAGAUCAACAGCGAUCCCAACCUGCUGCCCAACGUGACACUGGGCGCGCGGAUCCUGGACACUUGUUCCAGGGACACUUACGCGCUGGAACAGUCACUCACUUUCGUCCAGGCGCUCAUCCAGAAGGACACCUCCGACGUGCGCUGCACCAACGGCGAGCCCCCGGUGUUCGUCAAGCCGGAGAAAGUAGUUGGAGUGAUUGGGGCUUCGGGGAGUUCCGUCUCCAUCAUGGUAGCCAACAUCCUGAGGCUUUUCCAGAUCCCCCAGAUUAGUUAUGCAUCAACGGCACCUGAGUUAAGUGACGACCGGCGCUAUGACUUCUUCUCCCGCGUGGUCCCACCUGACUCCUUCCAAGCCCAGGCCAUGGUAGACAUUGUGAAGGCCCUAGGCUGGAAUUACGUGUCUACUCUCGCAUCUGAAGGAAGUUACGGAGAGAAAGGUGUGGAAUCCUUCACGCAGAUUUCCAAAGAGGCAGGUGGGCUCUGCAUUGCCCAGUCCGUGAGAAUCCCCCAGGAGCGCAAAGACAGGACCAUUGACUUUGAUAAGAUUAUCAAACAGCUCCUGGACACCCCCAACUCCAGGGCCGUCGUGAUUUUUGCCAACGAUGAGGACAUAAAGCAGAUCCUUGCAGCAGCCAAAAGAGCUGACCAAGUGGGCCAUUUCCUUUGGGUGGGCUCUGACAGCUGGGGGUCCAAAAUAAACCCACUGUACCAACACGAAGACAUCGCGGAAGGAGCCAUCACCAUUCAGCCCAAGAGAGCAACCGUGGAAGGGUUUGAUGCCUAUUUUACAUCCCGCACACUUGAAAACAACAGAAGGAACGUCUGGUUUGCUGAAUACUGGGAGGAAAACUUCAACUGCAAGCUGACGAUUAGUGGGUCAAAGAAAGAAGACACGGAUCGCAAAUGCACAGGACAGGAGAGAAUUGGAAAAGAUUCUAACUAUGAGCAGGAGGGGAAAGUUCAGUUCGUGAUAGACGCCGUCUACGCGAUGGCUCAUGCCCUGCACCACAUGAACAAGGAUCUUUGUGCUGACUACCGGGGCGUCUGUCCGGAGAUGGAGCAAGCUGGGGGCAAGAAGUUGCUGAAGUACAUCCGCAACGUGAAUUUCAAUGGGAGCGCUGGCACCCCAGUCAUGUUUAACAAGAAUGGAGAUGCCCCGGGGCGGUAUGACAUCUUUCAGUACCAGAUGACCAACACCACGAACCCGGGUUACCGUCUGAUUGGACAGUGGACAGAUGAACUUCAGCUCAACAUCGAGGACAUGCAAUGGGGUAAAGGGGUCCGGGAGAUCCCUCACUCCGUGUGUACUCUGCCCUGCAAACCCGGCCAAAGAAAGAAGACCCAGAAGGGAACCCCCUGCUGCUGGACCUGCGAGCCGUGUGACGGCUACCAGUACCAGUUCGAUGAGAAUACGUGCCAGCAUUGCCCUUAUGACCAGCGGCCCAAUGAGAACCGGACUGGCUGCCAGGAUAUCCCCAUCAUCAAGCUGGAGUGGCAUUCCCCCUGGGCCGUCAUCCCCGUCUUCUUAGCGAUGCUGGGCAUCAUCGCCACCAUCUUUGUCAUGGCCACUUUCAUCCGCUACAAUGACACGCCCAUCGUCCGGGCAUCUGGGCGGGAACUCAGCUAUGUUCUGCUGACCGGCAUCUUUCUCUGCUACAUCAUCACUUUCCUGAUGAUAGCCAAGCCCGACGUGGCGGUGUGUUCCUUCCGAAGAGUGUUCUUGGGCUUGGGGAUGUGCAUCAGUUAUGCAGCCCUCUUGACAAAGACCAAUCGGAUUUAUCGCAUAUUUGAGCAGGGCAAGAAGUCGGUGACAGCUCCCAGACUCAUCAGCCCGACAUCGCAGCUGGCCAUCACUUCAAGUUUAAUAUCAGUUCAGCUUCUAGGUGUCUUCAUUUGGUUUGGCGUUGACCCACCCAACAUCAUCGUAGACUAUGAUGAACAUAAGACAAUGAACCCCGAGCUGGCCAGGGGAGUUCUCAAAUGUGACAUCACAGAUCUGCAAAUCAUUUGCUCGUUGGGAUAUAGCAUUCUUCUCAUGGUCACGUGUACUGUGUAUGCCAUCAAAACUCGGGGUGUCCCAGAGAACUUUAACGAAGCCAAGCCCAUUGGAUUCACUAUGUACACGACAUGUAUAGUAUGGCUUGCCUUCAUUCCAAUUUUUUUUGGCACCGCUCAGUCAGCGGAAAAGCUCUACAUACAAACCACCACGCUUACAAUCUCCAUGAACCUAAGUGCGUCAGUGGCGCUGGGGAUGCUAUACAUGCCGAAAGUGUACAUCAUCAUUUUCCACCCUGAACUCAAUGUCCAGAAACGGAAGCGAAGCUUCAAGGCAGUAGUCACAGCAGCCACCAUGUCAUCACGGCUGUCACACAAACCCAGUGACAGACCCAACGGUGAGGCAAAGACAGAACUCUGUGAAAACGUAGAUCCAAACAGCCCUGCUGCAAAAAAGAAGUAUGUCAGUUAUAAUAACCUGGUUAUCUAAGCUGUUCCAUGCCUUGGGACCACGGAGGAGGCAGAUCCUCAGUUAUUUUGUCAUCCAACCUGGCAUAGGACUCUUUUGGUCCUGCCUGCUGCCCAUCACUGGAGGAGCAUCCUCCGCCGGAAGACCAACGUUAGAGGAUCCAAGUGUCCUAGCAGCUGCUUUAUGAAAUAUUCCUACUUUAUCUUGGCUUAAUAAGUCACUGGCAUCAGCACUGCCAACUUGGCUGCAGUUCUGGACCUUCCCGACGGAAGGGAGUGUUGAGACUCAAGUCCCACCCAGGCUCUCUAGGACGAACCGCUGAGAGCCACAGUGACUGUUUUGGGGGCUGACCCGUCUUUCUACGUAUGUACUUCCAGGUUGCAAGGUUUUGAAAUUUUCUGUAUAGUUUGUGAGGACUUUUGCACUUUGCCAUCCGAUGUUGUACCUCGGUUCACUGUUUGUUUUCAAAUGCCCUGUUUUCAUAGAGCCCUAUUCUCUCAGACGGCAAAAUAUUGGGGGAAAUUUUAAGACAAAAUUUUCAAAAGAUCUCGGCGGACUAAAAUAUAUAUUUAAACCGCCUACACACAUGACUGUACUAGGUAUAAUUAUGAUUAUAAUACCAUCGCAAAUCAUGUUAUUUUUUUUAAGACAAAAAGAUACUUAAAGACCAAUAACUGUGCUGAUAUAGUAGGUCCCACCUAUCUUUCGAUAGGUCACACAAAAGGAAGGUAGAGGCUGAACUGAAUAGAGGUCUUGUUCGGAAUGCAUGCCGGUAAUGUAUUUUACAGUACAUGUUAAUAAUACGUUCAAUAUUUGUAUUUGUGUUCUCUUCUGUUAUUUUAUUUAGGGUAUAUGGAUAUUUUGCAAUAAUUUUAAUAAUGAUCAAGCUCUUUGAAGAAAAGAAUAUGGAUUUUUCAUGUCUUGAGGUUUUGUUCAUGCCCCCCUAUGACUGACCAGUGUGAUAAGGACUUUUAAAAAAAGCAUGUAUGUUUUUUACUGUUUGUAAUAAGUACUUUCGUUAAUCUUGCUGCUUAUGUGCCAAUUUAGUGGAAACACACCCUUGCUGAAAAAUUCCUUCUUUCCAUUCUCUUUCAAUUCUGUGAUAUUGUCCAAGAAUGUAUCAAUAAAAUACUUUGGUUAACUUUUU